AUGUUCAGAAACAACUACGAUAACGAUUCCGUUACCUUCUCGCCCCAGGGCCGAAUCUUCCAGAUCGAAUAUGCCGCCGAGGCAGUGAAGCAAGGUUCAGUCGUUGUCGGUAUUGCUAGCAAGACCCAUGCCGUCCUGUGCGCUGUCAAGCGAAACGCCGAGGAACUUUCCUCUUACCAAAAGAAGCUCUUCACUGUCGACGAACAUGCCGGUAUCGCCAUCGCCGGUCUUACUUCCGAUGCCCGCGUCCUCUCCAACUUCAUGAAGCAGCAGUGCCUAGGACACCGACUAACCUACGGCCGCGCCAUCCCCCUUCGAUCCCUCGUUGACAUGAUCGGCGAGAAGGCUCAAAUGAACACCCAGCAGUACGGCAAGCGACCGUACGGUGUUGGACUCCUGGUUGCUGGUGUUGACGAGCGUGGACCCCACCUGUUCGAGUUCCAGCCCUCGGGCAUGACAGAGGAGAUGCUCGCCUUUGCCAUUGGUGCGCGAAGCCAAAUGGCUCGAACAUACCUCGAACGUAACAUCGACGCCUUUGCCGACUGUUCGAGAGAGGAGCUGGUUAAGCACGGUCUUAAGGCUCUGAAGGAGAGUUUGGUUCAAGACAAGGAGCUGACAGUGGAGAACUUAUCAGUCGGUGUGGUGGGCGUCAACACAGUAGAUGGAAAGAAGAAGGUCGAGCCCUUCAAGCUCUACGAUGGAUUCGAGGUGCAACCAUGGAUCGAGAGCGUUGCCGAGCAGGGCGGAGAUGAGGCUGAAGGUGAGGGUGAGGGUAUGGACGUUGACAGCUAA